AGUAGAGGGGAUGGGUUGGGAAUGAGAGAGAGAGUGAGGACGCCCGGCUCCAGAGCAAACGAGAAGCCUCUGCAAGUCCGCCACCUCAGCCACCCGGGUUGAGGUCUGCCCAGGUCUGCUGUAUGGACCAGUGUGGGCGGCAGGCUCCUUUCUGUCUGUGCCCUGCUGCCCCCUAGCUUCCCCCCCCCACUGCUUGGAGAGCCCCUGCCUCCCUCCCCCAAGGUGGAAUCAGCCGGCUAGAGGCUCUCGGGGGAGAGCGAUCGCCUGGCCCUGCCCUGCCCUGCCCACACCACACCAUGACCCUCCUGCUGUUGCCCCUCUUGCUGGCAUCCCUGCUCCCCUCCAGCUCCUGUAACAAAGCCAACAAGCACAAGCCAUGGAUCGAGGCAGAAUACCAGGGCAUCGUCAUGGAGAAUGACAACACGGUCCUGCUGAACCCACCACUCUUUGCCCUGGACAAGGAUGCUCCCCUGCGCUAUGCAGGUGAGAUCUGUGGCUUCCGGCUCCAUGGGUCUGGGGUGCCCUUUGAGGCCGUGAUUCUGGACAAAGCAACCGGAGAAGGGCUGAUCCGGGCCAAGGAGCCAGUGGACUGUGAGACCCAGAAGGAGCACACCUUCACCAUCCAGGCCUACGACUGUGGCGAGGGCCCCGACGGGGCCAACACCAAGAAGUCCCACAAGGCGACUGUGCACGUGCGGGUCAAUGACGUAAAUGAGUUUGCCCCCGUGUUUGUGGAGCGGCUGUACCGCGCUGCGGUAACUGAGGGGAAGCUGUACGACCGCAUUCUGCGGGUGGAAGCCAUCGAUGGUGACUGCUCCCCCCAGUACAGUCAGAUCUGCUACUAUGAGAUCCUCACCCCCAACACGCCCUUCCUCAUCGACAAUGACGGAAACAUCGAGAACACGGAGAAGCUGCAGUACAGUGGCGAGAGACUCUACAAGUUCACGGUGACAGCUUACGACUGUGGGAAGAAGCGGGCAGCGGAUGAUGCCGAGGUGGAGAUCCAGGUGAAGCCCACCUGUAAACCCAGCUGGCAAGGCUGGAACAAAAGGAUUGAAUAUGCACCAGGCGCAGGGAGCCUGGCUUUGUUCCCUGGUAUCCGCCUGGAGACCUGUGAUGAACCUCUCUGGAACAUUCAGGCCACCAUAGAGCUACAGACGAGCCAUGUGGCCAAGGGCUGUGACCGCGACAACUACUCAGAACGGGCACUGCGGAAACUCUGUGGUGCCGCCACCGGGGAGGUAGACCUGUUGCCCAUGCCCGGCCCCAAUGCCAACUGGACGGCCGGACUCUCGGUGCACUACAGCCAGGACAGCAGCCUUAUCUACUGGUUCAACGGCACCCAAGCCGUGCAGGUGCCCCUAGGUGGCACAGCUGGGCUGGGCUCUGGGCCCCAGAACAGCCUCAGUGACCAUUUUACUCUGUCCUUCUGGAUGAAGCAUGGUGUGACCCCCAACAAGGGCAAAAAGGAAGAGGAAACCAUCGUGUGUAACACUGUCCAGAAUGAGGAUGGCUUCUCUCACUACUCGCUGACCGUCCAUGGCUGCAGAAUUGCCUUCCUCUACUGGCCUCUGCUUGAGAGUGCCCGCCCAGUCAAGUUCCUCUGGAAGCUGGAGCAGGUCUGUGAUGAUGAAUGGCACCACUAUGCUUUGAACCUGGAGUUCCCCACAGUCACGCUUUAUGCUGAUGGCAUCUCAUUUGACCCUGCCCUCAUCCAUGACAAUGGUCUCAUCCACCCGCCCCGAAGGGAACCUGCUCUCAUGAUUGGGGCCUGCUGGACUGAGGAGAAGAACAAAGAGAAGGAAAAGGGAGGAGACAACAGUACAGACACCACACAAGGAGACCCCUUGCCGAUCCACCACUACUUCCAUGGCUACCUGGCUGGUUUCAGCGUGCGCUCAGGCCGCCUGGAGAGCCGCGAGGUCAUCGAGUGCCUCUAUGCAUGUCGGGAGGGGCUGGACUAUAGGGAUUUCGAGAGCCUGGGCAAAGGCAUGAAGGUCCACGUGAACCCCUCGCAGUCCCUGCUCACCCUGGAGGGGGAUGAUGUGGAGACCUUCAACCAUGCCCUGCAGCAUGUGGCUUACAUGAACACUCUGCGCUUUGCCACGCCUGGCGUCAGGCCCCUGCGCCUCACCACUGCUGUCAAGUGCUUCAGCGAAGAAUCCUGUGUCUCCAUCCCCGAAGUGGAGGGGUACGUGGUGGUCCUUCAGCCUGAUGCCCCCCAGAUCCUGCUGAGUGGCACUGCUCAUUUUGCUCGCCCGGCUGUGGACUUUGAGGGACCUGAGGGGAUCCCCUUGUUCCCCGAUCUUCAAAUCACUUGCUCCAUUUCCCACCAGGUGGAGGCCAAAAAGGAUGAGAAUUGGCAGGGCACAGUGACAGACACACGCAUGUCAGAUGAGAUCGUGCACAACCUGGAUGGCUGUGAGAUUUCUCUGGUCGGGGAUGAUCUGGACCCCGAGCGGGAAAGCCUGCUCCUAGACAUGGCGUCCUUGCAGCAGCGAGGGCUGGAACUCACCAACACGUCUGCCUACCUCACCAUUGCCGGGGUGGAGAGCAUCACUGUGUACGAAGAGAUCCUGAGGCAGGCUCAUUAUCGGCUGCGACACGGAGCUGCCCUCUAUGCUAGGAAAUUCCGGCUGUCCUGCUCAGAAAUGAAUGGCCGUUACUCCAGCAAUGAAUUCAUCGUGGAGGUCAAUGUCCUGCACAGCAUGAACCGGGUCGCCCACCCCAGCCACAUGCUCAGCUCCCAGCAGUUCCUGCACCGCGGCCACCAGCCCCCUCCUGAGAUGGCCGGACACAGCCUGGCCAGCUCCCACCGAAACUCCAUGGUCCCCAGCGCAGCGACUCUCAUCAUUGUGGUGUGUGUGGGGUUCCUGGUGCUCAUGGUCAUCCUGGGCCUCGUGCGUAUCCACUCCCUUCACCGCCGUGUCUCAGGGGCUGGCGGGCCUCCAGAGGCCUCCAGUGACCCCAAAGACCCUGACCUCUUCUGGGAUGACUCGGCACUCACCAUUAUCGUGAACCCCAUGGAGUCCUACCAGAAUCGGCAGGCCUGUGUGGCGGGGGCUGCCGGUGGCCAGCAGGAGGACGAGGACAGCAGCGACUCGGAGGCAGCCGACUCCCCCAGCAGCAACGAGAGACGCAUCAUCGAGACCCCUCCACACCGCUACUGAUGCUGCACCCUUCCCCGAACAGAGAGAGAUUUCUGCCCUGGUGAGACAGAGACACCCCCAGAAAAGAGAGAAGGACCUUCUGAGAGAAGAGACCAAGAGGGAGAGAGCUCUUUGGAACGAGUCUUCCUUUAAUCCCCAAAUCCCAGUGGGCCGCGCUGGGGUCUGCCUCCUCCCCGGCCCCCACCCCACCUCCCUCCUGUGCCUCUGGGCUCCUGUUCCCUGGAAGACUUUGGCUGCCUUCUCUGCACCCCCCCCCCCCGGCAGUGGCCCCUUAGCUCGCCCAUGUCUCUGUCUCUCCCCCACCAGGCGCACCCUGCCUGGAGUGGGGGUCACUAGCAGUGGCAGGGGCCCGGGUGGAAUUGAAGGGGGAACCCUUCCCUACUCUCCUGUCCACGGAGGCCUGUCUUCCCCAGGGCUUCCGCAGCUGGGAGGAAGCUUCCGUCCUCUCCUCCCUCUCUUUCCACUUCAUUCUGGGGAUCCCUGCUUCUUUACCUUGCCCGCUCUCCUUCCUUUUCUGUCCUCUUUCCCCUCUUCUCCUUGCCUGAGGGCCUGCAGCCCCUGCCCCUUCCUACAUGACCUGGUUGAGGCUGGGUUGUGGGGAUGGCAGGGGGAGCGGGGGCCCCAGGUGUAUUAUAUAUAAUGUAUAUUUUUUCAUGUUGCUGUGAGCGCAGCCCCCGUGUUCUGUGUGCAGCUCACGGCCUUGUGUGUGUGUGUGUGUGGCAUCGUCAUGUCCUGGGAGGGGGGAGAGGGGGGAGGGGGAUGGGUGUGGUGAGGGAGGGGAUGCACCCUAGGGUUUUCAAAUAAAACAACCAGAAAAAGCUCCGUGA